GUCAAUCAAUUUCAAUAGAAAUCGUAUUGUUGAAAUUGAUGUAUGAGAAAUCUUUUAUUGAAUAUUUAGGAUAGUCAAUAAUUUUAUCUCAUAUUAAGAUGCCGACAGCGGCUGAGACUAAACACAGCAAUGGUCGCAAUAAAGGAAUAUUUAACAACACGACCGGCUUUAGUACUCUCAUCACGGUUACAGUUUUGUCACUGGCUUGGUUGGCCGGUUUUGCAUCCCGGCUUUUUGCUGUAAUACGUUUCGAAAGCAUCAUUCAUGAAUUUGAUCCUUGGUUUAACUAUAGAUCGACGGCGUAUAUGGUACAGCAUGGUUUCUAUAACUUUUUAAAUUGGUUUGAUGAGAGAGCAUGGUACCCUCUAGGCCGCAUUGUAGGGGGUACAGUUUACCCUGGUCUUAUGAUCACAUCAGGGACCAUCCAUUGGAUACUGCAUACACUUAAUAUACCAAUACACAUACGAGAUAUAUGUGUUUUUCUUGCACCAAUAUUCAGUGGUUUAACAGCAAUAGCUACUUAUCUGUUAACAUCUGAGCUAUGGUCCCGUGGUGCAGGUCUCUUUGCGGCAUGUUUUAUAGCAAUAGUGCCAGGCUACAGCAGCAGGUCUGUUGCAGGGAGCUAUGAUAAUGAGGGCAUAGCUAUAUUUGCACUACAGUUUACUUAUUAUUUAUGGUUGAAAAGUAUAAAAAGUGGAUCAAUUUUCUGGUCAAUUUGUACAGCUCUUUCAUACUUUUAUAUGGUCUCAGCAUGGGGUGGUUACGUGUUCAUUAUCAAUUUAAUACCUUUACACGUCUUUGUAUUACUUAUUAUGGGACGGUUCUCGCAAAGGCUAUUUGUCAGCUACACUGUCUUUUACAUUAUUGGACUAUUGUUGUCUAUGCAGAUUCCAUUCGUAGGAUUCCAACCAAUCCGCACAAGUGAACACAUGGCUGCUUCAGGUGUGUUUGCACUUUUGAUGGCCGUAGGUGCAUUAAAGUAUUUACACAGCCUGAAUCCGAAAGGACAAUGGAAACAAUUGCUUAUCUUGGGGGGUUUGGUAGCUGCCGGGACUGUGUUCUUGGCUGUGGUUCUCCUUACAUAUAUGGGGGUAAUUGCUCCCUGGAGUGGAAGAUUUUACUCACUAUGGGAUACAGGUUACGCUAAGAUCCAUAUCCCGAUCAUAGCUUCGGUGUCUGAACACCAGCCGACAACAUGGUCAUCAUUUUUCUUCGAUUUACACGUACUUGUGUGUACAUUCCCUGUUGGACUUUGGUAUUGCAUCAAAAAUAUUAACGAUGAGAGAGUUUUUGUGGCCUUAUAUGCUCUAAGUGCUGUUUACUUUGCGGGUGUGAUGGUCCGACUGAUGUUGACUCUGACGCCUGUAGUGUGCGUUCUGGCAGGCAUCGCCUUCUCUAUAUUGCUCGACUUGGUGCUUAAAGAGGAUGAAAUGCAGACGGCGCCCGUUGAAACAGAAGACUCGAAAAACUUGUAUGAUAAGGCGGGUAAACUGAAGAAGCGUACCCCCGAGCCAGUUCCAGCCGCAGACUCCGGUCUGGGUAUGAACGUUCGCUCGGGCACACUCAUCGCCUUCAUGAUCUUGCUCAUGUUGUUCUCCGUGCACUGCACCUGGGCCACCUCUAACGCCUACUCCAGUCCUAGUAUCGUGUUGGCCAGCUAUGGUAACGACGGGUCUCGCAAAAUACUAGACGACUUCAGGGAAGCUUACGGCUGGCUGUCACAGAAUACCGCUGAAGACGCUAGAAUUAUGUCCUGGUGGGAUUAUGGUUAUCAGAUCGCCGGGAUGGGUAACAGAACGACGUUAGUCGACAAUAAUACAUGGAACAAUUCCCACAUAGCUCUGGUCGGGAAGGCUAUGGCUAGUAAUGAGAGUGCUGCCUACGAUAUAAUGACGAUGCUGGACGUGGACUACGUGCUGGUGAUCUUUGGUGGUGCUAUCGGUUAUUCUGGAGACGAUAUCAACAAGUUUAUUUGGAUGGUCCGCAUCGCUGAGGGAGAACACCCUAAGGACAUUCAUGAAGCGGAUUAUUUCACAGAGAGAGGAGAAUACAGAAUAGAUUCAGAAGCUUCUAAAACAAUGUUAAAUUGUCUCAUGUACAAAUUAUCAUAUUAUAGAUACGACAGCGGCGGCAGCCCGGCGGGCUACGACCGCACGCGCGGCGCGCUGCCCGGCCACCGCGGCUUCCAGCUCACCUACCUGGAGGAGGCCUACACCACCGAGCACUGGCUCGUGCGGAUAUACAGAGUUAAGAAACCUGAUGAGUUCAAUCGGCCGAGAUUGCCAUUGGCUAAGCGGACAAUACCGACCAGCAACAAUUUAUCAAAGAAGACAUCAAAGAGAAGAAAAGGUCUACUGAAGAAUAAACCAACUCUCGUCAAGGGCAAGAAGGUGACGAAGCUGGAGUGACGCAGCUAAGAUACGGCCUCCGUCAGUGGUGACGAUGCUGUGUUCAUUACUUAACUAUGUUCCCCAGAUAUUAAAACCAGUCUAAUUAUUUCCUACGUUUUAUUAUCUGUAUCGUUCCGCUGAGAGCGUGUUCUUACUGUUCUUGUUGACACAUUGUAGGGAUUUAAUGAAAUUUUCGCUAAGUAUGUUUCAAAAUAAUAAUAUUUUUCGUAGUGUACAUUUGACAUAAUUGUUGAAUUUCUAAAGUAUAUUUUUAAAUCGCAAACGCCUGAUUAAUAACUGGUAACAUUUUUUUUUUCUGAGUGACUUAAUUUUUUAUUUAUUUGAAUUCAGAAACAAAAUAAUUUGAUUUAAAUUCGAAUAUAUUAUUUAAAUGUAAAUUAAUGAAUAAUUAGCAAGUUACCACUGAUGCGAAUAUUAGAUCUAUGACUGACACCAAUUCUUUAUAUAUGUAUAUGUAGACUAUUAGGCUAAAGGCGUUUCUUAAAUUUUUAGAUGAAUACGUUUUAAUUUAUUUACGCGCCGAUUACAUGGAUACUGGCACAUAUUUUUUUUUUCUUUACUUUUUGUUUUUUAUUUUUCGAAAAAGAACAUCUCUUAGGAGCAACGGGAUAUAAUCUGAAUACAUCACUAUUUUCUAAACAACAAAAAAAAUUAAUGAAUGAUAAACAUUAAAUAUCAAUUAAUUUCCAUAUGCAUUAAAAUAAAUAUUAUAUUACAAAACAGUGUUAGCUUUUGAGCGAUGUUUGCUAUUUUUAUGUUUCGAAACAAACUGCAGCUUGUAUCGCUAUUUAUUUGGGUCAUUAUAUUAAAAUGGUGUAUAAUAUUAAUGCCACUUGCUCGAUCAUCACAAUUUCUCAGUAAGUUGUAAUACGUAAGGAAUGGAAAUUUAGCUAGCAUCUCCCGUAACAAAAAUGUACUUUUUAUUCCAAAGACAAGAAAUUUAAAUUAUCAUUCCGAAAAUUCAAUUCCAUUGUGAUUGAUGAGAAGGGUAUUUCCUGUAUCCUCAAAGCAUACUGUUUUCAACAACGAAUUCCGCAAGAUCGUCAUAUAAUAUACAUUUUUCUUUGUAAUUGUAGCCAUGGGUCCUUCACUAUAACAGACAUCAGACAUUGACUCCGUUUAAGGAUAUUAAAUCAAUAUUUGUUAAUUUCAAACAGAAGGAAUUGUAUUUGAAAUAUGUAUUCAUUGUAUCCAUAACACGCUUUAAGGAUUUAAUUUUAUGCUCUGCGAAGCGGGUGGAUUGCUAUCCAUGUUAGUAGUAAUAUAAGCGACGCUUGAUAUUUAUGUAGUAUUACAUAUGUAUAUGGUCCGCCCUGACUUCGCACAAGGAAAAAGGGAUUAAGUUCCCUAUAGUAUUGCGUGAAGUACUGGAUCAAACGGAUUGUAUGUCAUUUUGAUUGUUAACAAAUCGUUUUCAGACUAUAUAUGAAAAUAAUUCGUUUAUUGUAGCCAAAUGUCCAUGUUGCGGUGUCUUACCUGAUGUUCAAAGAGGGUAUCGUGUUUGUAAUUGCUACGUCCAUUUAUAUAAUAUUUAAAUAGUUUUAAAUAUUAUAUUAGAAUUAUUUAACGCCGCGUCUAUUGAUCCCAAUGAUUAAGGUAUAUAAUGUUGCCAGAUAAUAUAUCAUUAACAAUUAUGUUGAGAAAAUAAUAAAUUUUAAUUAUUAUAUUAUUGUUGAGUUAUAUUUUCUAAUACUAUUAUUGAAUUUAUCGCAAAAAGUAAUGUUCUCAGAAUAAUAAAAAAAGCCAUAACCAAGACUAGAAAUUUUAAGUUAAUAUUUUGCAUACAUCUGGCAGCGCUAACGGUAGUUUAACCUCGCUUUGUUAUCAUCGAUUAUCUUAAUAUUAUUUAUCAGAAGAAAUAAGAUUAAAAAAAAUAUGUAAUUUUAAGACAGGUUAAUGUCAAAUGCAAUAAUAUUUUUGGGACUUAUAUUGUUAAAUAUAAUGUAAAGAUAACACCAAGAUUUAGGUACGUGUUGGCCAACGACUUGGUUUUUAAAUAUCGAGUAAUAUAUAUCGACAAUCAUUACGAAUUAAGCUUGCCUCACACGGUUUUGUGAACUAUAUUUAUUUUUUAGUUAUGGAUUUAAAGUACAAAAAAAAAAAAAACUAAAAUAAGCAUUUUCAUUACAUCGUAAUCUUUAUGGGAAUAUUAUCUUUGGACAGAUGAAUCAAGUAACGUUUAAAUACAAGAGUGAAGUCUAUGCACAAGUUUUUAAUUUAAUAUAAGAUUUAUAAUUAAUUUGCGAAAAUGAAAAUAUAUCAUGGAACCGUUUGAGGCACUCAUAAUUUAAUAUGUUACUCAUUUAAAGUUGGCCAGUAAUAUAGAUAGGUGUCGUCUAGUUCAUAAUAAUGUCACAUGUGUUAGGUAGUGAAUUGUAUUUUAAAGGCAAUUAUUUCUUGUGUCUUGGUCAAAGUAUUGUCCUGUGUAAGUGAAGAUGUUAUGUGUUUUAAUUUUAUUGUUGCCCAGCACUUUUGUUUGUUUUUUUUUUUCGUAUUUUCUAACAGAGGUUUAUGUUGUGUAUUAAGGUUUCAUUGUAGUUUACAAUGUUCUUAAUAAACAGCUAAAAUAUAA